GUGCAUGAUCACUCACAAUGUUCAGUAUACGGUAUACCUUCCUACCGUAUUCUAACAGUCCAGCCGCCCCAUCAUGUGCUUGCACAAGUUGCAGCCUGCUUGCAGCACUGAGCAGUCCGAUGCCUCCGAUCCCUUGCAGCACAGCUUGAGCAGCACUUGCAGACCCGCCGCCACAUAAAUGAAAUGCAGGAAUGCAGGAAGUAAAUGCAGCAUGUAAGGAUUGAUCGAAGAAGCAUUUCCUCAUUCCCUUAUUCGCUCACUCCCUACUCCCUAGAAGAAAGCUCCUCUGGCGCCCCAAUGGCUGCGCUCAGUAUGCUGUCCCAGCUCCUGUUCCUGUCUCUUUUCCUGGCGGCAAGGACGGAUGCCUUUCCUCUCUGGGGUCCCUUCCCCGGCCUUUCCUGCCCAUCUGGAUACGACAUCGUACCAGGCCGAAGAGGCGACUCGAGAUCCUGCGUCGCAGACCCCUGCGUUGGCAACCCUUGUGGGUCUGGAAACACAUGCACCACUGCGGGAGCUUAUACUCUGGGCCCUACCAUUGUGGCCAAUUGCACCCAAUGCAACGCUCCAUCUGUGGCGCUGACCCAGGAAACCCCAACCUAUUCGCAGACGUAUUGCUACAUUCCAGGCGAUGACCCAUGCAACCCCAACCCAUGCCAAAACGGCGGGACGUGCGGGUAUGCGACUUACGACGGCCCCAUCCUUGGAGAACAGGAUACACCCGUCGCCGCCACAUGCGAGUGCGGGGACGCCUACACUGGGACGUUCUGUACCAUCCCGGUUUCUCCUCCCGGCACUAGUCCAACCGUGCAAUCCACCGUUGGCGACACCACUGGCCCAAUUGCCAAUCCGGACUACUACGAACUAUGCCGGCCGCAAGCCGGGUGCAUAUACAAGGACGGAGCGCACUACCUGUGCUGCGAGAAUUACUGCGGGCCCUACGGACCAGACGGCAACACUCCGCUCUGCAACGGACAGACGUCCAUUCCCGAAGACAACAGUUACCCACCGCAGUUUUCGGACCAGCCGCCGAGCCAGCCGCCACCUUCCACCGGAGACCAGGGGGUCUGCGGGAGCGGCGCAGCGGGUUCAUUCCCCACGCGCUGCUAUUUCAACAACGACCCUCAGGGCCGCUAUGUGUGCUGCGACAACCAGGGCUGCGACGGCUUUAACGCGGACAACCUGACGCCCCACUGCAAGAACAGCGGCUACGUGCCGCCCAACAACGGUGUCUCCGGCCCCGCCCCCCCAACGCCUCCGACUGCUCCCACCGGGGACCAAGGGGUUUGCGGAAGCGGCGCGGCAGGCUCUUUCCCCACGCGCUGCUAUUUCAACAACGACCCUCAAGGGCGCUACGUGUGCUGCGACAACCAGGGUUGCGACGGGUUUAAUGGGGACAACCUGACCCCCCACUGCAAGAACAACGGUUACGUUCCCCCGGGUUAUGGAGUUGGGGCAAACCCGACCCCCCCGGCGCCUCCCACCCCCUCAAGCGGAGACCAAGGUGUUUGCGGGGCUGGUGCCGCCGGCUCCUUCCCCGUGCGCUGCUGGUUCAACAGCGACCCCCAGGGGCGCUACGUGUGCUGCGACCAGCAGGGUUGCGACGGCUUCUUGCCCCCGGACAACAUUUUCCCCCACUGCAAGAAUAAUGGUUACGUUCCCCCCGGGUACGGCGUCUAAUAUUGGAUCUGAAUGAGUAUAUUAACCCUCGGUGUUAGUAUACUCGAGAGUGUACUUUAGCCAACGGCCCUGUUAGUCAUUUGCAACGAUUGCCUUAGACCGAGUAGCCGAGUGCCAGUUCACACCUUCACGAAAAGCAUUAGGCUCGUCGCGAGCGUAGUAUCACUGCAAGCUAACCGCCGUGUAGGUUCCGCUUAGAGGUUUCGGAGCGGGUGUGGGUUCGAUCUGAGUUCAGCCUUAGCAAGCUCUUGAGGUCCAGCAUUUGCGAACUCGGAAACCGUCAGAACUUACUUCUGAAUUUUGGGUUUACACAACUUCAAGGUUUUACUGCCUUCAAAAGGCACGGGAGGGCACCUUUUUGAGGAGUUGAGAUUGCCUACCACGUCUCAAGGUUUUGCUAGUGAGUUUUGAGGCUGUGGGUCUGUGUAGUGACACUAAUUUAGGAUGUCAAGCUAGCAAUUUUGGACACAAAGUCAAACUAGUGUACACUAUGACAGGAUCUUCGCUAAUUUCCCAGUGAAGUUGGUCUUCAAUGCCAACACGGCCAGAUUUUACCAGACCGUCGUGUUGCUGUGCAGCGCGCUUACAGCUUCAAAAGCAGUUGCGGCUAUCGCUUUUAUGACAGGUCAUGGGGCAGUGGACUCAUAGGACUCCUGACUGACUGAGUGACAUAACCCAAAGGCUAAGGCAGAACUGUUAUAUGCGUGGUGAUUGCAAAAUCAGGGUAAUUCGAGCCAUCAUUGUGGCUGACCGCAUAUAACCGGCUUGACUAUUUUAACCCCGGCCAGGCGCUAUCCAUGCUGCA